AUGGGAGGGUGGUCGGGACCGCUCGAGGAAGGCGUCCCAGUGAUCAGGAGAGCCGGAGCAGGCAGGCGCAUUGCACGUACCCCCGGCCGGCCUUGUGCCCCCAGCCCGCCCUUGCGACGUGGCCCCGGGCGGCUGGCGAUGGGCGCUGGACGCGAUCCCGCGCGCCCUAGCUCUCCGGCGCGGCGCGGCGGGGUGCGGGUGCCUAGCUCCACACUUCAGCGGGCUCCGGUGCCUUCCUGGUGGGGGUUCCGCCGCCGGGUGGGCGUAGACGGAGCAGCCCGCACGCUCUGCGGCUGGACCGAGCGGGUCUGCAAAGGCUGGCCGGACGGCGCCUCCCUCCAGGCCGGCCCAGAGGGGGCCAGCCCGGAGCCACAGGAGCUGGUGAGCAGACUACUGCACCUGCAUUUCAGGGACAGCAAGACUAAAGUGAACAAGGAUGCGUUGCAGCUUAUGGUGGAGCUCCUGAGGAUCUUCGUGGUGGAAGCUGCAGUCCGUGGGGUCCGGCAGGCCCAGGCAGAGGACCUGGACAUUGUGGAUGUGGAUCAGCUAGAGAAAGUGCUUCCUCAGCUGCUCCUGGACUUCUAAAGGUGUCCCCUCCUGUGGCCUGAUAGGUCUGGUGUGGAUUCACAACAGCAUCUAUACCCAGUCCCCAAGUCUCCCAGCUUCCAAGGGAUGGCAAGAUCCCUCCCAGCAGCUGUUGCCCUUCCUAGUCUGUCCUCUGGCUCCCAGGCCUCUGGGGGUCCUUGUGAGACAGGUGCACAGGGAACGGUGGACCAGCCUGCCUCCCACCACAGCCACCCCCCUUAGCCUGUGCUUUAUAAACCAACCAGCCGCUGGCAGUGCUGCCUCCUUGCCACCCAACAUCAAAGCUUCUGUGUAGCCUUUUAACCACCUGAUCCCCCUCCGAGCUGUAAAUUUGUUCUUACAAAGCAACAUCAAUAAAUCAACACCAUCUCUCCAAG